AUGCAAUUUUUCAAGUCUUUAUCCAUUUUAGCUUUGGCUGCUCAAUCACUAGCUGAGUUGACUCAAUAUCAAUUGUUUGCUAAAUCAGACGACAAAGAAAUUGAUGGUAACGGCAUAUAUUACAUCAAUGAAGGUGACAAUAUUAGCUACUUCUUCAUUUCAAAUGGCACUGAUGCUCCUUCAGCUUCUACUAUUACUUAUGAUGACGAAAACCAAGAGUUUUACCACCAAGUCAGCCCAGAAAUUAAAUGCGUGCUUACCAACACACAUUUCAUUUUACAAUUGACUGCUACAAGUGAACCAAUGAGGAUUCCAAUUGACGAAGAUGGGGUUAUAGAUUUCGGUAGUAGCUACCAAUUGUACGCUGUCAAGGACUUUGGUGAUCACUAUGGAUACUCCAAGGAUAACUACGGCAUUCUUUUUAGAAAACUAACACAUGGUAUUCCAAUUAGCAUUGAAGCAAGAAAAGAUGUUUCGUCUUAA